AUGGCUCCCGCAACCGGACCCCAGCUCGACAUCAUGUACCGGAUCCUCGCUGCGCUCACCAACGAGGGAAUUGAGUAUAAAUCAUCCACCGAUUUCUUCAACGACCUCUUAACAAACCUGGAGCCGUUCUACCCCUUCUUGAAAGACCGUAGCGGCACCGCCUGGAUGCAGGCCGUCCUGGGCACUGGCUCGAUGCCUAAGCCCGGCCCCAGAAAGAUCAAGCACUAUAUUGAAGCCGGAGUGGACCAUACCUUGGCCACUGACAGUGAGCGCAUCGCCGGAAUCGACGUACGCACGCCCUGUGGCUACAUUAGUGGGAACCAGCAGACUCCUCCUCUCGAGGAGAAGUCGUUUUUUGAGAUGUUCAAGAGCCGUUGGAGCCCCAUUCUUUUCACGCCGCUUGAUCUCGAGCUCGCCGCCCGUGUCAUCGCAGCCCGUCGAAGCAUCAACGACCACCGUGAGCCCCACGACGAUGCCUUCUGGGCGUCUGUCCAGAAGCGGUACCACGACACCUUCCCUCGCUUUCUGCGCCACAGUGCGGGCUCGUGGGCUGGCUACUUUUUCCCCCGCAAGGACUUUGAGGCCACCUACGCCGACAAGUACAAGGGCAAGAUCGACAUGUGGCUCCGCACUGACGAGGAUGUCGACGCUCGCGUGACGCCCGAUAUCAUCAUGAGCCGCUUUGCCAUGUAA